AGGGGGCGCUACUGAAAUAAAUUAGAUAACCAAGCGCCUAUUAAUCCUACGAAGAAGACAGUGGUUCAAAGGGGAAGCUGGAAUUGGUUCCGGUGUAGCUCGGGGUUACACAGGAGGAGUGAAACCUAAAGUACUUCAAAAUGCUGUUACGAAGGGUGUUGCACAUCGGCAGCUUGACACUGAAACACAGCAGGUCCAUCCACCACAGUCCUGUAUGGAGGAGUCCUCUUAUACCCAUAGUUGUGGAGCAGACAGGGAGAGGAGAAAGAGCGUAUGACAUCUUUUCUCGGCUCCUGAGAGAGAGAAUCAUUUGUGUGAUGGGUCCUAUUGAUGAUUCUGUAGCCAGCCUGGUUAUUGCCCAGCUGCUCUUCCUACAGUCAGAAAGCAACAACAAACCCAUUCACAUGUACAUCAACAGUCCUGGCGGUGUGGUGACAGCAGGCCUGGCCAUUUAUGACACCAUGCAGUACAUCCUUAAUCCCAUCUCCACCUGGUGUGUUGGCCAGGCAGCCAGUAUGGGCAGCUUGCUCCUGGCAGCAGGAACGUCAGGGAUGAGGCAUUCACUGCCCAACGCCCGCAUCAUGGUUCACCAGCCUUCAGGAGGGGCCAGGGGUCAGGCCACAGACAUCGCCAUCCAGGCCGAGGAGAUCCUGCAGCUCAAGAGACAGAUAAAUAAAAUCUACGCCAAACACACGGGGCAGCCGCUGGAAACCAUUGAGGGUGUGAUGGAAAGGGAUCGCUACAUGAGUCCCAUGGAGGCGCAAGACUUUGGUAUCAUCGACCGGGUCCUGGUCCACCCGCCCCAGGCAGGCCAGGAUGAGCCUGAGCUGGUGCAGAAAGAGCCAGCAGCGACAGCCAGUCCCUCUCCACAGCUGGAGUGUCCAGCUCCUGAGCAGACCUCUCCUGGGACACAUCCCCCCUCCUCAUACAAACCUGAACCAUGACCCCACCACAGCAGAGCUGUCUGGAUUUCAUACCUGGCAGUUCCAGAGAACACGGCCGAGCCUCCAUGGUGUGUUUCUCUUGUCUAAAUGGCUUCUUUCUUCCCCCUAACCAGCACGCUGCAGUCUCCACAUGUGCAGGCAUCAUGAACAGUGAUCAGAGAGUAACAUGUCUUCACAUGAAGUGAAUGCAAUGUUUGUUAGUUUUUCUUUUUAAUUAUUAUUAUUAUUGAGAUGUUGAUUCCUGUGGUCUAUGAAUUAAAAGUCAAGAAGUGAAAAGUGAAAAGUAGUCAGCAGUAAUCAGUCAUCUUUUUGACUCCACACACAAAUUGUUCAUUUCUCAACUCUGAAGGCAACGGGGCAUAGUAUUUGAGCUGAGAUGAUCUUAGUGCUGGCAGAGUGAAAGCACAGCUAGACAAGAUGCUCUACUGUAGAUGAGUUUAUUUAGGGGAGGGGAAGCCUGUUAAGACUAUGGAGCCAUCUUGUUCUGUGCCUCCUUGGUGCAGAGUGGUCCACUGAAGAGUGGACAGGACCUGUAUGACCUGUAUUUGAAUACUCAUAUUUGUAAUAAAUAUGAUCAUUUUGACCACAAUUCACAAAA